AUGGUCCUACGAAGCAUUCUGAAGCGUCAUUUUGUAGUGUUCGAAGACGACGCUCUCAGUCGAAUACAUGGCGUCGACGUUUACCACGGUUUGAUUGUCCGUCUCCGCUGGCAACUCAGAGCCGUAGGGUACGAUGUGUUGAAGAUCCCGUUCAAGUACGGCAAAAUGACGGCGUUCAGUUCGUUGUGCUUGCUACUGUUCAUAGCUUUCACUGGAUACACGGUCGUCUUGCACUGGGGUGAUUGGUUUCAGGUCAUCGACACGUUAUCAUUGUUGGGCAUGGGAUCAUCUUCGGUUGCUAAAGCACUUACGGGGCUGCUGAAUUACGAGUAUUAUCAGAAGAAUUACCGUAUACUUACGGCGCUCUAUCGUAGCAAUGACAAACAUAAAGACAACAACCGCCGCUUGGUUUAUUGGGGAAUGCUGAUCACCUAUUACUAUCGAUUUUUCCUAGUAAUCUCUGUUUCUGGAGGUUUUGGCUUUGUACUUACACCAGUUUUCACGUAUUUUUGGUACAAUGAACGUAUGCUGAUAAUUAACUUGCACAUUCCCGGAGUCGACACAGUUACGAGAACGGGAUUCAUGAUAACGACUCUAUUUCACUUGGUAUUGAUAUUCAUGGCAGUUGCUGGGAUCCUUGCUGCCGAUUUGGGAUGUAUCAUAGUGGUCGGACAUGUUGCAGGAAUCGCGGAUGUUUUCAAGAAUGCUUUGAAUGAAUUGGAUCAGUUGACGAAACAGAAGUGUGAUGAACGAGUUGAUGAUAGUAUUCACCGGAAGGUUUUGCAGAUUUGUGUAAUGCAUCAGGAAAUUAUAAGUUACGAAGAAGAGUUGGACGAGAAUUAUGGUGUUACGGUGUUCGUUCAGGUGCUGUCAUCUAUUGCAUGUGUCGCUUUGUCGCUGUUUAAUUUUUACAUGACAUACAACAUAGGAGCUUUAACAUUUUUGGUCUAUGCUUUCUUUCAACUGUUUCAAUACUGUGUGCUGGGAACAGUGCUGACAAUCAAGAAUGAUGAAAUCAUGAUUGCCCUGUAUGAUACAUAUUGGUACAAGCUUACGAAUACAGAGCAAAAAAUGAUUGGAUAUAUGCUGCAUCGAUCACAGAACGCUGUUGAGAUGACGAUCGGCGGUAUAUCGUUACUCAACAUGGAAACAUUUGUGGAAAUUGUUAAAACUAUUUAUUCGUACUCCGCUAUGCUUGUGCAGUUUUUGGACUAAUUAUUUGGAACGGAGAGUUCGUAAAGAGAUAUUGCUGUAUAAAAUCACAAUAAAUAAAAUGAAUAUUGUCUUCGACAAAG